AUCAUGUGUGUUGGGGGGGGAGGGAUUCAUCUCGGAAUACAAUGGCUAGAGGUCCUGAAGCUCUCAGAAGAAAUGAACGUUCAAAGCUGUGAAUCCAACAGCCACCCUGUUUGGAUGGGGAUGAUUCCAACGCACUGUGGAAAAGCAGCCAAAACAUACAAGGUUUAAAGUGUGUGCUGCUUGUGGAAGGCCGUCCAGGGCAGGGCUAUCAGCAGCACCAAAUGAGCGGACUCAGGCCCACCUUAAGAUUGCAUCUCCCGAGCUGCGCUGCACAUGCCGCUGCUAUUACUCAUUAUGAAAGCCUGAGGCUCCAGAUAAUGGGACUUGGCCCCAAGCACAACGAAGCAUGCUUUUUCUACCAUUCUGGGAAAAGUCGAGGCUGAGCUGCGCAGCCUGACCCUGAACAGACCCUUGGCAUUCCCCUGGACGCGGACUAGACAGGGAGAGGGAAGGCUGCCUUUUUAAAGCUUGAAGCUGACUCGGUGAGAAACCUUGGUGUGCCGCGCACGUCUGGCUCCCUCGCGGAGACAUCGGCUUUACAAAGGAGCUGGCUUCUACCUUGGAGGAAACUGUCGCUUGUUGGCGUUCCGCAGAAGUCACAGCUGCCUCCGGAACAGAACCUCAGACACAACCCGAACAGAAAAUGUCGAAGGACGACUCUGGGGUGAAUUUCGGGACGAGGCUUUCAGGGCCACGAAGUGCUGCUGACCCAAACCACCACUGCUGCCCACUGACGGCUAGAUCCAAGAGGAUGCGCCUGCCGAGGACUGCAGACCGGAGGAUGAAGCUGUGGCUCCCGGGAGGGCAGCUCACCCUGCUGCUGCUGCUGCUCUGUGCCCAGCACACACCCGCCAGGAGCGCUGAGGCUGCUCUUAAGGUCGACUUUGACUUGACCCCACAAUCCUUUGAUGAUCAAUACCAAGGCUGUAGCAAACAGGUCAUGGAGGAGCUAAGGGAAAGAGACUAUUUCUUUAAUGAAAUAGACACCAAUAAGUAUUACUCCAGAGCGUGGCAAAAAGCCCACUUAAACUGGCUGAGCCAGGCCAGCACCUUCCCCGAGAGCAUGACCCCUGUGCACACUGUGGCCCUCAUGUUCUACACCUUGAAUCAUAAUGUGAGCUCGGACUUUGCUAAGGCCAUGGCCAGAGUUGCGGGGUCUCCACGGCAGUACAACCAGUCAUUCCACUUCAAGUUUCUGCACUACUACCUCACCUCAGCCAUCCAGCUGCUGAGGAACGAGAGCUCCGCGAAGAACCACAGUCUGUGUUAUAAGGUAUACCAUGGGAUGAAGGAUGUGAACUUUGAAGCCAAUGUUGGCUCCACCAUUCGGUUUGGCCAGUUUCUUUCUGCCUCCCUGCUAAAGGAAGAGACGCCGGUGUCUGGACAUCAAACACUGUUUAUCAUUUUUACUUGCCUGGGUGUCUCUGUGCAAGACUUCUCUCUCAGGAAGGAAGUCUUGAUCCCCCCCUACGAGUUAUUUGAAGUCGUAAGUAAGAACUACAGCACCGGAGGAGACUUGAUAAGCGUGCGGUCUGCUGGGAACAUGAGCGCGUAUAACUGCCAGCUGCUAAAAGCUUCCAGCAAGAAAAGCACCCCUGCUCCAAUAGUUAUUGUUUGCCUCCUUUUGGUCAGUGUUGUUUUCUCUUCCAAACACAGCGAGCAAAAGAGUCUGCUGUCUUCCUUUUAAAGAAACUACUUAAACUUUUUGCUCAUCUAUUUGUUACCAGAAUGUGAGGCCCACCCUUCCCACCAUCCCACAGAAGACACAGGAGACAGAAAAUGGUGGGAAAAAACCAAGUUUAUUCAAAACCAGCUGUAAAUAAGGCGGAAAACUGUCUCAAAUCCCUACCAAAGGGGAGAGAGUCUAUUGGCUCCUUUCCUGAUGCUAUCACCAAGACCAGACAUAGACGCUCAAAGCUUCCCUCAACUUAUAAAUGUACCAAGCCUCAGAGCCAGAGAGUUUUGGAACCAAAAGCACAGGUGCUACUGAAGCAGAAGUGGGGCAGGAUAUCAAACCUCAAGGCCCACCCCUUGUGACUCACUUCCUCUAGGAAGGCUGAAGAUUCCACAGCCUUGGAAAGCAAUGCCACCAGUAAGAGUCAAAGUCCUUAAGCUCGUGAGGAGCAUUUAUCACUAAAACCACAGCAAGGUCUUACCAUUCAUUGUGCUCCUACAGGAGAAAAAGGGAGUCCUGACCCACAAGGGACAAACCGCCUCUGCUUUGAGCAGGCUUUGUCCUCCUCAGAGGUGUCUUCUUUGCUAGGGCUCUGGCAGGAACCUCGCAAAAGACCAGUGUCCUGCAGAUGCUUAACCAGAACUGGAAAAGGUCUUUAUCGCUCUAUUCCUGAAAGCCUUGUGCAUCCUCUUUGCCAGCCACAUUUGGCCUUCGCUCUGUGCCUUUGUCCUAUUGGGACACCCUAGGACAUCAUUUUCCUGUAAGCUGGCCAUUGAUCCAUGAGAGAAACGACAAUCCAGUGAUAGUCUGUGAGAUCAGAGUCAGGCUACAUUUUCAAGAGUAGUUGAAGGAGCACAGCAGGAAUCUCUCCUUUGAGUGAUUAUGAGAGCAGAGUGCAUGCACACCAGGACUGCUAGCAGGUACCUCGCCACCGCCACUGAGAGAGAGGAAUUUGCCUCCCUGAGAAACUGACUCACUGGAGGCAGAACUGAGAAAUGGAAAGAAGUUGAGACAAGAGUGAGUGAUGAGCCUCUAUUGCUGACCUGUGCCCAAAGCAUAACUCGAUUUCCUCGUUACAUGAAUCAAUAAAGGAUACCUGUGCCAA